GAUCAGCCACCAGGUGACGAUAGUGUUGGUGCAGUGUUGGUGGAAGUGUAGCCGAGGCAACUUCGGUAGCGUGACACUCACCGGUGCCGCUCACUCGCACUCCGUUUCACUCUCCGAGGAGCUGAAGAAGGAGGAGCGUUUGAGAAUCCUGGGGUCAUAAAACGAAGAGAAUGGCUUCCAGGGACGGGCCCAUGGUGGCCGGGACAGACGGCACCGAUUUCGUACAUCGUGAGACCGUGGCCACUCAUUACCAGAUUAGUACUUCUGAAGAAGAGAUUGCUGGCACUGAAAUAGCAAGUAGUGUAGAUCCUGAAGCUGAGGUUGGUGCCUGUGAUGCAGCUGCUGAAACAGCUUGCACAGCAGAUGUUUUAGUAGAUGGUAGUGCUCCUGAAGUUGUGCCUGAGGAUGCAGCUGCAAAUGUUGAAGAUCUCUCAGGUGCUUCUGUAACCACAGGCUCAGCAUGUGAUAUGCCGUUGCCUAAUUAUGGAGAAAUAUUACGUACCCUGAACUACAAUUUUCCCGGAUGGCCUCCAAGCAGGAAAUUAAGUGAAGUUGCACUGAAUAAAGGCCGUCUGAGAAAAUGUGUUUUUGCGCAUCUUCUGUUGGCUCUGCUUAUGGUGGUGAAGAUGGUACCACAUAUUCUCGAUCGACUUGAUAUAUUUGUUUUGGAAAUAGAAGAAUUAGAAGUUCCAGAACCUCUGGUAUGGGAGUAUGUUUGGCUGGGUGGGUCAUUAGCCAGUUUCCUUGGUCUCACUGCCAUUCGCAAAAACAGAAUUCUCCUCCUGCAGGUUUACUUCAUGCUCAUCAAUCUUUUCUCAACGGUGCCGGUCCUUCUGGCUUCCAUGAUUUAUUUUUCUGAUUUUUACGAAUAUUGUACCGAAGAUGAACCACAAGAUUUACCCCUUUGGCAGGGAUAUCCAUUGGCAGUGCUAUGGUAUAGCUUCAUUUUGUUGGCAAUGCAAGUUCAUAUCUUCACAUUAAUAUUUGCGUGGAAAUUGAUAAUUGCUUGGAAGAACAGUAUGGCCACCAAGAAAGGACAGUAAUUAAUAUUACGUUUUUAUAUUCUUCAAGAGCAUUGUCAAAAAAGUGGUUAAGAACUGGUUAACAAAGUGUUAAAAUUUUUGUACCGUACUUAUUUUGAAUUUAAAUUUUGAAUGUUAGUACUAUAAGGGAAAUUUCACACUUUAGGAUUUUAAAUUUAAUUAAUAUAUAUAUAUAUACACACACACAGGCAGUACUUGGUUAUCGGUGGACUUGGGUAAUGACGAUCCGGUUUUAUGGUGCUUGUCUAACACCAUAAAGUCACCGAUUUAUGGCAACAUAACAGGCCAAGUUUUGGUUAUCGGUGCCACGAUGAAUGGUUGUUUUGCUUAUCGACACCCCGCUGAUAACCGAUGACUGCCUGUUUAUAUAUAUAUAUAUAUAUAUAUAUACAUCUUAAAUUUCUAGUGCACAUUUUAUAAAAUCUAGCUGUUUUAUUUUUCAUCAGCCUUGGUGGAUGUGCAAACUGCUUUUAAAAUCCUCAUCCUGCCAGUGUUACUUCCCAUGGAAAACUUCUGCAAAGUUUGCUAAUUUGAACAAGUUAAUGACUUGCCUUCUAGUUCAUUGAAGAACCAGUGGAAUUCUAGUUCUUAUUGUAGAGAAUGAGUAGUUCUUUUAAUAUUUAACAAUAUUUUUACAGAUGGUUAACUUAUGACUGUUAUUGAUGUACUCUAUGAAUCUUGUUGUACAACAUAUCAUCCAACAAGAUACAAAUUGCUGUGUGGUACAGUGAUAAGGAUUUUUGUAAGGAGUCAAUUUUUCUGUGGUGGUAAUGUAUUUUUAUAAAAUAUUAUUGUAUUUGUUUUUAUAGAGAGGAUUAAUGUUAUGUGCAUAAAUAUUGGUGCAAAAUAUUUUAAUAUGUUUUAUGGCCAACAAUGUGCCUUUAUAUGAUUGGGUUAAGAUUCUGGUAUAAUUAAUGUUAAGUACUGUUAGGGUAAAUGACACCUCAUUAUGUGUAUCUUUCAUCAAAGGAAUUCAUUAAAACAUUUUAUAUGGAUUACAAAACAGUAACCAACAAAUCGAAACAGUGGAAUGAAAAUGGACCAACAACACUACAAAAAUAUUUGUAUCUGGAAGGGGUAGUGGUUUCAUCUUUGUUUAUUGUUUUAUUAUUCUUUAUUUGGGUGGUUGCACCCCACCAAAUAGAAAAUCUAAAAUUAUGUUAAUUUUACUUCCCAAAUUAUUUUGGGUUUAUAAGAAUUAAGUUUUGUUAUGUUGCAUCCCUACCCAGGGUAGCAAUUUGUUCCUAUUAACAUACAUUUGUAAGUUAUUUUCCAGGACACUGAAUGUUACAAACAAAUCUAGGUGAUUUGUUCAAAUUUCAGUUCAUUUGUUGGACUCUUGAUAGAGCAAUUUUUCUUUGCGGAAUUUGGAAGUUAAGUUACUUGUUGUGGUAGUUAGACAUCAGAACACUCAAGUUAGUAAUUUAAUUUUUGUAUAGUAUUUGUACUGAUAUUCAUUAAUGAUUCCUGUUAUUAAGCAACUUGAAAAAUCAUCUUGUGCCAUCUCUUCCUUCUGUCUAAGAUAAAUCAACUUGGUUUUGAAUUACUUGAAUGACAAAUGCUAACAAUAUUCUAAUUCAUUGUUAAAUUUACUCUUCUUGCCAUGUGUAUGUUCAAGUCCUUGCUUUUAUUUUAGCACCUUUUCCCUCAAAUUAUUAUAAUCAUAUUUUUAAAUUGACUUGUCUUGGUCGGAUACCUAUAAAUUAUGAAAUAAAUCACUAUACAUUUGGCAGUAUUUCAGAUUAGGAAAUCAUGAGGCAUUGGGAUUGAACUGGAAGUGUGACAUAUAUAUUAAUAUUUUUGGAAUAAUAUAUUGUAUAUUGGGAAGUGAAACACUUCCAUUGUACAAUGUAUCAUAUGUAUAUAUUAAAAUCAUAUUUUCAAUUCAAAUUACCAUGGCUUGAAGGUAAUUUGAUCUAUUAUGUGGUGAACUGAAUAUGGGAAAACAUUUAAUGACGUAUUAAAUAUCAGUCAAUGCAUUUUUGACAGACAUUUUUUAAUGUCCUGUAUUAGUGCUCAUUACUAGUUCAUAGAUUUUUAUGAAGUUUUAAAUCACUCUCAUAGGUAUUUUUUCUUUUUAUCUUGGACCUGCACAUUUUAUACCUGUUAAUCCUUUCUUUUCCAAGCAGUUGUAACAUUUAAUAAGAAAAAAAAGUCCUUUACAAACUUAAUCUUGGAUAAACUUUGUUCUGAACACACAUUACAUUUGUUUCCCUUUCAUUGGGGUGAUGUGUUUACCUGUGGUUCAUUGCUUAAGUAAACAUUUCUGCAUGGCAGUUAAACUGGAAACAUUUGUAUUGCAAUUUUCUAAGACUAGAAACAAGAAAAUUACAAAUUUACUCAAGUUUGAGAAUGCCAUCAGCAAUGCAUUUGAUAGUUAAUGCUUGUUCUUUUCUGUGAGGAAUGCAAAAGUACUCUUGAAUGCUUUAUUGUCAGGUUUCUAUUUAAUAUCAAAACCAGAUUUUUGGUGAGUUUCUUUGGUAUGUUUACAGUGAGUAGAAUUGAAUGGGGAGAUGGUCAGAUCUCAAAUGAGUCCAUAUUGUGUUCAAUAUUUUUAAGUUCCUUUGGUGCAGAUGGCAGUGUUGAAACCGAGUAAAAUAAAGAAUUCAAUAUUUAUAUAGAUAUGUUUUACAACAUUUAAAGGAUCUUUGCACAGGUAAAAUUUAUGAAACUGGUGUAUGAAAGCAAUUAGUUGUAAUUGCCACUUAAUGCUCUCUAGUUUGAGAACAAAAUAAGUAAAAUUUGAAAGUGAACCUUUGUGAAUGUUAUUGCCUCUGCAUUUGCCUCAAAUACUUGGAGUGUGGCCAAGCUACAGUUUUCCAGAUUUUCUUUCCUAUUUUUAUUUCAUGUAUGUUAAUGGCAGACUUGUUGAAAUAAAAUUUGUAAUAUAAA